ACCAAAGAGUAGUCGAAAUCUGUCGCAUCCAAGAGCAAGGCGAGGAGCAGUUUCGACAGAUACGUGGCACCACUGAAGGCGCUGAAACUGCAGCCGUAAAUGCGUUGGCCAGAGUAACAAAGCCAUGUAACAAAUGUGGCUACAAAGUUCACCGCGGCAGCCGCUGCCCAUCAACAGGAAAAGCGUGCAAGAAAUGCGGAGGAUUGAAUCAUUUCGCCCAAGCAUGCUCACAGUCAUCCUUCUUGCACAGCGAAGAUGCAAAGCGCAGGGAAAUACGAGAGCUACAUGUUGACGAAAGGUCAGAUUUUUUUCUGGACGCUUUAACUGUGAACGCACUCGCUAGCGACCAGUGGACCGCGACAGUUUCCAUUGAAGGCCGUCCGAUGGUCUGCAAACUUGAUACUGGGGCAAACUGUUGUGUGAUUUCAAAGGAAGAUGUUUUGUCGCUUCCGAGAAAGACUCGUGAAGCCUGCCGAGCCACGUUAACGAGUUUUUUCGGCCACAAAACGACUGCGCAGUUUAAAGUAAAGUUGUCGCUAUCCGUGAACGAUAAACAGCACGAUGAAACCUUCUUCGUCAUUGAGCAAAACGUGCCGGUGACCCUCAGCGGAGCAGCAGCAGAAAGCCUUGGCUUGAUUUAUCGCGUUGAUAGCGUCGAGACGCAGCAACUCUACCCGGAGGCUCAGCCCUUCACCGAUGUUUUCACAGGAUUGGGACAGCUGAAAAAUUUUGAGUACGAAAUGAAGCUCAAACCCGGCGCCGUCGGUGUUGUUGUGCCAGCCAGAAGGGUUCCGGUCGCCAUUGAAGAAAAAGUAAAGGCCGAACUUCAACGCAUGGAGGAGCACAACGUCAUAACCAAGGAGCAAGUUCGCUACUUGGGACACGUUUUCACCACGCAAGGACUGAGCCUGGGACCCGAUCGCGUCCAAGCCAUUUUGGACAUGCCAGCGCCAAGUAACAAGGCUGAUGGGUCGACAGACGAGAACACUGCUCCCGGUUCCCUCCUGCCACCUGAAGCCGGCACCAUUGCCCAGCAGGAAGGUGCACUCCCGUCUCCAGGAGAUUCGCCACAAGCAGAAGGUCUACUACAAUCGAGGUGCUCGGGACCUGCGCGCCCUCUCACCGGGUCAGAGGGCCUCGUUGUACGACACGCACACACGGACGUGGUCCCCGGUCGUUGUGCUGGGAUCAGCGGGAGCUCCACGCUCCGUACUGGUAAAACAGAAGAUGGCCGAGAAAUGCGACGCACACGGGAACAUCUCCGGGAGGUUCCAGAGCUACCAUGCCCCGACACUACCACAACUCCUUCCUCAGGCUUGCCAGGCUCGGGACCCGUUCCAGAGCCGCCACUACCACGGAGAAGCACUCGGGAACGUCGCGAGCCUCGUCGGUACCCCAUGCCAGAGCGACCUAUAUUGCCCCAAGGAAGGAAGAUGUAACCGAGUUGGCACGGCCGCGAUAGCGAGCGCAAGCUGUCGCUCCUACGUAAGCGUGACGUCACCCGCCUGGCCUACUUAAACUCGUCACUAUAGGCAAUAAA